ACUAAUCCGUUGUAACAACUCACAACCUCAAAUUUUUGAAGGGCAUUUAGAAGUGGAAUGCAUAAGAAAAGCAUCAUGAUGAGAACUUUGUUUUGUGGUAUCCUGGAGGUUACUCACAGGGUGAAUUACCCCCCUUUGAUGCUACAAUUUUUGUUUCAGGGAAGAUUACCACAUCAGGUGUGUGUACCUAAGAAGGCUGAUUGUUAAAUAUGGCUGGAAAAGGAAGAUUUAGAAUUCCAACACUAGACGAGAAAGACAAAGCUGAGUCAUGUUUGCAAAAGGGAGUGAAGCCUCUCUUCAAGACAACCAAGGAGUCCAAGAGUGAUGAUGUAUUGCACAAACAAGUGAUACCAUCAGCAGCUCCCAGGUUGCCAGCCAGCAGUAACAACUCUGGCACACUCCCACCAAAUUCAGGCACAAGAGACACAGUGGCUGCAUCAAGUAAUGAUAAAAAUACAAAUGUUGACAAAGAGGUUGUUAGUAAAUUAGGAACAGCUAACAGUUUGACAAAGCAAGUGACAGAUAACAAGGUUGAGGUUGCAGCAAAACCCACAAGUUUACAAAAAGAGGCAGGGAAAUUGGUGGAAGAAGAACCUGUAGAAUCUCUACCAACACUUGCUAAAAUAGGAAAAACAAACUCCCUGAUUGUUAACCAAAGACAGAGAGGAAACCCCAUACUGAAGCAUGUGAGGAACAUCCCCUGGGAAUACGGCAACAUCGUGCCAGAUUAUGUUAUGGGGCAGUCAACAUGUGCACUGUUUCUCAGUCUUCGAUAUCAUCAACUAAACCCAGAAUAUAUCCACAAACGGUUACAACUUCUGGGCAAGAGUUUUGAUCUGAGAGUGCUGCUAGUCCAAGUUGACAUCAAAGAUCCCCACCAUCUGUUAAAGGACCUGGCCAAGAUGUGUAUUCUGGCAGACUGUACUCUCAUGCUGGCUUUCAGCCCCGAGGAAGCAGGUCGGUAUCUGGAGACGUACAAGGUGUACGAGAACAAACCACCAGAAGCCAUCAUGGAGAGGACAGAGAACAACUUCAUGGCAAAGAUGACAGAUUGCCUGACGACCGUGAAGUCCGUCAACAAGACAGACUGCAUGACCCUAAUGACCACAUUUGGGAGCCUGGAGAAGGUGAUGAAGGCUGGCAAGGAGGAGCUGUCGCUGUGUCCAGGGUUCGGACCUCAGAAGGCCCAGCGACUCCAUGAUGUGUUCCAUCAGCCCUUCUUGAAAAGUAGGAAAAGACAACAUGGCAACACAAAAGGUACACCAGAAAAGUCUGAACCAAGCCCAUCGAAGUCUGCAAGAUAACACAUAAUGUGUCCAUUCAUGUUUGCUUAUUCUGUACUGCCCAAUGUACUUCAGUUGAUUGCUUUGAAGUUGAACACGGUUGAUCUUAUGGUGCUGAAAACUGGAAACCACUGCCCAAUGAAAUGAACUCUCAACAAGAAAUUCACCCGUGUUCAGUGAAGGAGGGAGUAAUGGUGCUGCACAGUCCAUCCAACCGACACCCAUCAUGGGUUCCCAAGAAGGCAGCUCUGGAAGAUGUGCAGCUGACUGCCAGGAAUCCAUCAAAUGAAAACCUAAUGCUGGAAGACCUGAAGGAAGAUAUGACCAAUGGACUUCAAUCUUCAUCACAUCAUGUCACAAUUGUAGAAAACCUUCAUGCCACAGCAUUUUACACCUCAUUAAUCCAUCAUCCAUUAAUCUGAUCACCUUCAGUGGAUGGAUGGCAUCUCUAUAGCAUUUCCAUUUUCAGCUGUGAUGUUUG